UAGGAAAUCAGACCAGAGCAGCAGCCAAAAGGAAGGGGAGCCAGGGGGCGUGUAAGGACUCUGACACUGUAUUCUGUGUAAUCGGAAACAGGUCCUGUUCACACCUAAGAACCACUCUGGGAGCAGGAAGAGUGCGGAGACCGCAGUCGAGAUGGAAAGAGCAGAGACAGAGAAACAAAUAAGGAUAUUAUUAGUGGAGGCAAGAGCUGAUCAUGAGUUAGAUGAGGUCAGUAGGGCAGAUAAGAAAAAUGGCUGGCUCUCUUCUCUUCUCCGCCAUCCUCUGUGCGACUGAAUUAAUUCCUCGCCAUGUCUUCCGACAAGAUUUUCAGGAUCAAGCGAUUCCUGGCCAAGAAGCAAAAGCAGAAUCGUCCCAUCCCCCAAAGGAUUCAAAUGAAAACUGGUAAUAAAAUCAGGUACAACUCCACGAGAAGACAUUGGAGAAGAACCCAUCUGGGUCUGAAAGGAGCCUCCGCACGUGAGGUGGCACACGUAUUUGUGCCAUGUGGCGGUCACUUGCUUGCAUCACACUGAAAACAGCACAGCCCCAGUUGGAUAGAUCAGGAGAUGGGUCCUCUUUAUG